AUGAUAAUAAUUUUCUUAUUUCAUUGCGUCUUUUAUAAAUUGAGGGAGUUUCCAAUUAUGACAGGGACGUGGGUGACAAAACCUGACGAUUACGUUUGCACGUUACCAUUGGAAACACAAGAAAUAGCAAAACGCGAACUUCGCGAAGAUGAUAGCACUCGUCGUCAAUCAUUAGAAUCCAUGAGAAAUUGGAUAAUGAAAAAUCCAAGAAUAAAAAAUUGCAGAUUGGAUUCUAAAUUCCUAUUGAGAUUUUUAAGAUUUACUAAAUUUCACGUCGUACAAGCAGAAGAAGUUUUGGAAAGGUAUCUUUUGCUAAGGCAAACCUAUUCGACAGGAUUUCAAGAAGCCGAUUAUAAAAAUCCAAGAAUAGAAGGAUUAAUCGAUGAGGGUCUCAUUUUGAUAUCACCCAAACUUGAUAAGCUUGGCAGGAAAGUCGUUUUGGGUCGUAUAGCACCCUUUGAUCCUUAUAAAUUUACAAAUGUCGACAUAUUGAGAUUGGGUGCUAUAUUUCACGAAACAUUAAUGGAAGAUGAAGAGUCGCAAGUACGAGGAUUCGUUUAUGUCGGAGAUGGAAAAGGUGUUGGAUUCCCAUACCUGACAUUAUUCACACCCAAAGAUGCUGUGAGAUUAGUUAAAAAUGGUGAGAAAACCAUACCGAUGAGACACAAAGAAGCACACGGAUUUAAUAUACCAUCUUCAUUAAAAUUUGUCAUUCAUUCAUCUUUAGAAGAACUACAUGAACAUGUGGAUCCAUGUUUACUUCCAAAAGAAUAUGGAGGAACUAUACCAAUGUCAGAAAUGAUUGAACACACUAAAAAAAUAUUAGAAUCAACAAGAGAUAUUUUACUCAAACAUGAUGAUAUGAAAGUUAAUUUGGAAUUCUACAGCGACAGAGCAAAAGAAGGAGCUGUAUCAGCAUUGAAAACUGGAGCUAUGUGUAAAAUGGAUACACUUAGAGAUCAUGGUCUUUGUGGCACUUUUUCGAUGCAUUUAUGCAAAUAA